GCUCUACAAGCGUGACUCCUGCGAGUUGGGCUCAGUGGUUUGACAGUCGUUAUAAGGGAUAUACCACACUUGGAUAAGGCUUUGAUGUAGCCGCGUUGUUUAUUAUAUGCUGAGUCCCAGGUAAGGAGAGACGAUGCCAGGUAAACAGGGGAUCUGUUGGUGUCUGGGGGGAAGCCGACCCCCAGAGAUCAAGUGUGUGGACUAUGACUCUCCCCCCAAACCCCUUGCUCUGGAUAUACCCAUGCCAACAGAUGAAGCCGAACUUAAUGCCAAAUUUGAGGAACUUGUGGCGGAAUUGGAUCUGGACAAGGCUCAUCGAGAUGCCAUGUACAAUCUCCCGCCUGAGAAGAAAUGGCAGAUUUACUGCAGCAGGAAAAAGGAUGAAGAUGCGUCAUCACAAACGUGGCCAGAUUACUACAUAGAACGAAUCAGCACAAUGUCACCACUGUACCUGGGAUUCAGCGAGGAAGAGGUCAACAUGAAGAUCAAGCUUGUCGACAACCUGAAGACAGCACUGAGGACUCAGCGGAUGAGUUUUGUGGUGAGGUUUAUUGAGAAAAAUGGUCUACAGAGCCUGCUGAACUACCUGUGUAAGAUGGACUACCAGAGCUCGGAGAGUCAAAUCCACACCUCUAUCAUUGGCUGCAUCAAGGCACUCAUGAACAACUCGCAAGGGCGGUCCCAUGUAUUAGCUCACCCAAACGGGAUCAACAUUAUUGCUCAAAGUUUAAGCGUGGAGAACAUCAAGACCAAGACGGCUGUGCUGGAGAUUCUCGGUGCUGUGUGUCUAGUUCCAGGUGGACAUCGCAAAGUCCUCAAUGCAAUGCUGCACUUCCAGAAACAUGCAGGGGAGAGAACCAGGUUUCAGACAUUGAUCUGUGACCUUGACCGUAGUACAGGAAAACACAGAGAUGAGGUUUGCCUGAAGACUGCUAUUAUGUCUUUCAUCAAUGCAGCAAUCAACUAUGGUCCAGGACAGGACCGACUUGAGUUUCGACUGCAUCUCCGCUAUGAGCUACUGAUGCUGGGAAUACAACCAGUCAUUGACAAGCUUCGCUCUCUAGACAACAGCACAUUAGAUAGACAUUUAGACUUUUUCGAGAUGGUCCGCACAGAUGAUGAAAAGGAAUUAACGAAAAGAUUUGAAGGGAUUCAUGUAGAUACAAAAAGUGCCUCGACGAUGUUUGAGGUGUUGAGGAAGAAGCUGACAAUGUCGGUGGCAUACUCCAACCUCCAGUCCAUCCUCCACCACCUCCUGCUUCUGCCGUACGGGAAGCAUGACAUCACGUCUGUGUGGGUGCUGAUUGACAAGAUCGUGCAGCAGGUGGUUCUCCAGAAGAACAACCAGGACCCAGAUGCAGCUCCACUUGAAAUCAACGUCAAGCAGGUUGUCAAUCAACUGGCCAGUGAGAACGAUGUGAAGGCAUUCCAGCAGAAACUCCGUGAGAUGGAGAAGUCAAAUGAUGAGCUCAACGCCAAACUUGCUAAGAAGGAAAGGGAGUGUGAAGUCAGGCUACAGGAGAAGGAGGAGCUGAUCACCACCAUGAACAAGAUGAAGACGAAGCUGGAGAAGGAGGUGGCCAACCACACUGAGACCAAGCAGCAGCUGGACAACCUGCUGUCUUCCCUGGCAGAGGCCAAAACACAGCUGGAGACAGAGCGUGGUGAGAAGCAGAAACUACAACACCUGGUGAAGACAGGCAGCCUCCCAGACGAUGCCAAAGUGGGCCUGUCAUCUGCUACCACUACAUAUAUAGCACCCCUAGGAAGGAUGAACUCAGCUCCUGCCCCACCCCCUCCACCACCCCCACCCCCACCCCCAGGGUCAGCUCCUCCUCCACCACCACCAGCUCCAGGACAACCAGGUUUAUCUAAUCAUUUUUCACCUGGCUUUGCGAAGAGGAAGAACGCACCCAAACCAGGAAACCCUCUCAAGUCUUUUAACUGGACAAAACUACCAGAUAAUAAGAUUGCAGGAACAGUGUGGAAGGAUCUUGAUGAUACAAAGUUAUACAGCAUGCUGGAUCUGUUGGACUUCGAGAAGACCUUCUCGGCCUACCAGCACAACCGUGGUGAGGGGGAGGAUGACACAAAGAACGUGAAGCCCAAAGCCAAAGAGCUGACCGUGAUUGAUGGGAGGCGUGCCCAGAACUGUACCAUCCUCCUGUCCAAGAUCAAACUCAGCAAUGAGGAGCUACGCCGGGCCAUCAUGAACGUCGACUCCAGCGAAGAUCUCCCUAAGGACAUGGUAGAACAGCUUCUGAAGUUUAUACCAACUACAGAAGAGUCCCAGCUUCUAACUGAACUGAGUCACGACCUGGAGCACAUGGCCCGCGCUGACAGGUUCCUGUACGAGAUGAGCAGAAUUGUGCAUUAUGAACAAAGAUUGAAAGCCCUCUACUUCAAAAAGAAAUUCCAGGACAGACGAGGAGAUUGUAAAAAUAGAAUAGAAGCUGUUUUUGAAGCCUCUAAGCAAGUGCUACGUAGCCGGAAGCUGAAGAAGCUCCUGGAGCUGGUGCUGGCGUUGGGCAACUACAUGAACCGGGGACAGAGAGGGAAUGCAUCUGGGUUCAGGAUGACUAGUCUCAAUAAGAUCAUCGACACCAAGUCCUCCAUCAACAAGAAUGUUACACUCCUGCACUACCUGGUCGAGGUCCUUGAGAAGAAAUUCCCCGAUGUUUUGAAGAUGGAGGGGGAUCUGUCAAAUGUCCGAGAUGCAGCGAAGGUCAAUUUUUCAGAUCUGGACAAGGAAAUUGCAUCACUUAAAUCUGGACUCGCUAAUAUUGAGAAGGAGAUGGAGUUUUUCCGGAACCAGUCUUACAAUAGUCAGGACAAGUUUGUGUCUGUGAUGGGGGACUUCUGCACCAUCGCAGCCUACAACUUCUCUGAGGUGGAGGACUCCUACUCUGAAAUGAAGACAAAGUAUGAGAUGACUCUGAAAGCUUACGCUGAGGAGAACAAGGUGCAGCCAGACGACUUCUUUGGGGUGUUUGAUCUGUUCCUCACCUCCUUCACGGACGCCCGCCUGGAGAAUGAGAAGAUGAGAAGACAGAAGGAGGAGGAGGAGAAGAGGGCAAAGAUUGAGGAACAGUUGAAGAAGGAGCGGGAGAAGAGGUUGUUGCUGCGGAGGAGUAGUACCCUGGACAAGAAGGACGGGAAGAUCACCACCAACAACACAGAGAAUAGCAGUGGGGAAAAGGGAGAGUUUGAUGACCUUAUUUCUGCACUCAGGACUGGUGAUGUAUUUGGGGAGGACAUGGCCAAGAUGAAGCGACGGAGGCGAGGAAUGCCCAGUGCAGAUAUGUCCCGUGAGAGGGUUGGCAAUCUCAAACUGUGAGCAGUUCACAAUGUUGACAGACAAUGUUACGUUGGACUGCACUGCAUCAAGUUCUACACAAGGCUGAUAUCCUAUAUACAGACAGUUUUGUUUCCAGUCCUGAAAACAGAAGUUUCGUUUGCAUAUUCUGAACAGGAAGAUUUGAUUGGUGUCCUGAGAAUGGAAGUUUCGUUGACAUAAUUUAAACAGACAGUUUUGUUCUGAAUCCAAAAAAUGCUGUUUUGUUAGUUAAUCCUCUCAGUUGGCAGUUUUGUUGACAGUUUUGUUGGUCAUGGACCCAGAUGAACAGUCUGCACAUGUCAGUGAAGAAACUGUGGAGAGUGUUAAAUGGAGAGUGUUGUACAUGGACAUGUUGCAGUAGAAGGAUAUCACUCAGGUACAUCAUCCAUUGAAAAGAACCAACCAAUACACACAUAGCAUAUCAAAGAAUCACUGGAUCAUGUAUAAGUGUGGAGAUGGAGAGUAUGUUUGUGUUUGCCAGUUUGGCAAGCCAAGCAGCUAGAUGCUACUGGAUAUGUGGUAUAGCAAUCCCUUGGGGAAACCUGUGCAGCAUCACUUAGCUUUGGACACCAUGCCAAGUAAGAACCAAAAGGUUUUCUUGGACUCACACUGCCCUUGAAAGUGCGACUAGGGAGAUGUGAAAUGUUAUGACGUGAUGUCCUUUACUGUGGCAUCAUGAGGAAGUGUCACCGGAUUGUAGCUGUAUAUCAUUCAAGACCAUGGUCACAACAUGACAAGCUCUAUCACUGACCUACACCUUUGUUACUCUCCUCUAUAAAGGGUGUAGGGAGCAAGGUAUCACUGUGAGGAGCUUCAUUCACAAUGCAAGCUCCUUCCCAGUGUGUGACACCUUCUCUCCCUUCAGUAUAUAGUGCAAGGAAGACGGUGUCGCUGUGAGGAGCUUCACUCCCAUGAAGGAGAUAAUAAUGGAAUCACUAUCUCAUUGUCAAUAUGGAGAAUAAUCUGAUCUGUAUCUGAAGGGCUGUGUAUGUAGAGAAAGUCACUGGUUGUGUUACAACCAUUUUGUCUAGCACAGCAGGAUUUGCAUUGUGUGGACUUUUGAACACAAAGUUGCUAGCAUCUACAUUCCUAGAAAGAGUGCAUAUGAUCUAUAGUGUUUUGUAUGCACUUCCCUGUGCUGCCAUUUCAUUACUCGAGCUCCACUUCAGUGUUCAAACAAAAGUUUUCCCUUGAGUCAUUAUUGGACAAGUAUGCAAACAUCUCAUCUCAGUACCUAAUAUAUGAUAACAAAACAGUGUUAAUAUUCUUACACUUUCCAGUGUUAUUACCUUUAAUGUUAUUCCUUGAUGGUGGAGUAAGUCUACACACAUAUCAAUCUUCCAAUUAUUUUACUUUAAGAGUGGCUGCUGGCUGGUAGUAACUUUUCCCAAGAGUUGUUUCUAAAAUUUUGAUUAUUUUAUCUUGACUAUUCCACCCUCUACGAACUAGGCUGGAAUUAUGGAAUUAUAUUUUGGCUGUACUAACAAGUCUAUGCAGACUUCGGUCGAUUGCAGGAUUUGCAAAACAUGUGUACCAACAACUUAGCAUCAGCAGAUCUUUUCCAAAUCUUUUUAUGUUUUUAAUAAACAUGCACACGUGAUUUGAUGCACUUCGCGAAGUAAAACCCGUUUUAUUACAAUAUAGAUCUUGAUUAUCGAUCAGAUUGUCUUGUUUUGGCA